UACAGGUUUGCUGAGCACAUCAGCAAAUCCUUCCUCACUCUCACUGUCGCAGAUGGAGUCAUGGGAACUGCACAAGUUCCCAGUAAGAUCCCUGUACAUAUACAUACAGUGGUUUAAGUAAGGAAUGCUAGUAGAAACUACAUUGUCUAUAAAUUAUAGCCAGAAAACAUACCUAGCCUGACAUGCCUUUAAUCAGUUAAUAGAGUGUGUAAAAAGGUGUGCUUUGCUGAGAUCCAAUUGUCGCGCCUGGAUGCAUAAUCAGAACUAAGGUCCUAGACUUAUGGUGGAUAAGAGCCCUGACCAGGAGCACAACUUUGGCUUAAAGGUAUGCCCCAGCUUUUAGUGAUCAGGAUAGAACUGAUAAAAAUAGUUGGUUGACCUAGAACACUGUGUAUCUUUUUAAAUGAAGUUAACCAGCCUUGAUCGGUUGUUUUUAGAUACAGACGUUAAUCAUUAAAGCUGGUCCCAAGCUCCACUGCUAAUAAGGUUAAUGGAGCUUGUCUUUGGCCUUGGACUGAGGCAGUAUGUGUGGAUACUUUGGGUGGAUAAGUUCGAGAUGAUGGAUAAGUUGGUUUUCCCUGUAGAAAUUGCAUUAAAUGGAUAGAUUUGAGCACCUUUCACCUUAAGUUUGUUUAUCAUAUUAGACAAUUAGCAUUCUGGCCUACACAAACCUAGGAGCGGAGACCAAACAGAAGGAGGAUCAGACAAGACAAGCGACGGAGGACGAGCUGGCCGUAGACCCUGCUGCCUCCCCGUUUUCCCUGCCGUCUGCGUCCGGAGGAUGAGCCCAGCCUUCAGGGCCAUGGACGUGGAGCCCCGCACCAAGGGCGUCCUGCUGGAGCCCUUUGUCCACCAGGUUGGGGGGCACUCUUGUGUUCUACGCUUCAAUGAGACGACCCUGUGCAAGCCCCUGGUCCCGAGGGAGCAUCAGUUCUACGAGACCCUCCCAGCUGAGAUGCGCAGAUUCACUCCCCAGUACAAAGCUGUUUUGAUAUUUGUUAGGUUUGCAGAUGAGUUUGGGGCCUCUGGCAACAUAGAGACUAAGGAACAGGGUGUGGUGUCUGUGCGCUUUGAAGAAGAUGAAGACAGGAACUUGUGUUUAAUAGCGUAUCCAUUAAAAGGGGACCAUGGAACUGUGGACUUUGUAGACAAUUCAGACUGUGAACCAAAAAGUAAGCUUCUAAGGUGGACAAACAAAAAACAUCACAUGUUAGAAACGGAAAAGACCCCCAAGGACUGGGUGCGCCAGCACCGGAAAGAAGAGAAGAUGAAGAGCCAUAAGUUAGAAGAAGAAUUUGAAUGGCUAAAGAAAUCUGAAGUCUUAUACUACAGUGUAGAAAAAAAGGGGAGUAUAAGUUCCCAGCUCAAACACUAUAAUCCUUGGAGCAUGAAAUGUCACCAGCAACAGUUACAGAGAAUGAAGGAGAAUGCAAAGCAUCGGAACCAGUACAAAUUUAUAUUACUGGAGAACCUGACUUCCCGCUACGAGGUGCCUUGUGUCUUGGACCUUAAGAUGGGCACACGCCAGCAUGGUGAUGAUGCUUCAGAGGAGAAAGCAGCUAACCAGAUCCGAAAAUGUCAGCAGAGCACAUCUGCAGUCAUUGGUGUGCGUGUGUGUGGCAUGCAGGUAUACCAGGCAGGCACUGGGCAGCUUAUGUUCAUGAACAAGUACCAUGGGCGGAAACUAUCAGUGCAGGGCUUCAAGGAAGCACUUUUCCAGUUCUUCCACAACGGUCGGUACCUGCGUCGAGAGCUCCUGGGCCCUGUGCUCAAGAAGCUGGCUGAGCUCAAGGCAGUGUUGGAACGACAGGAAUCCUACCGCUUCUACUCAAGCUCCCUGUUGGUUAUCUAUGAUGGCAAAGAGUGGCCUGAAGUGGCCCUGGACUCGGAUGAGGAGGACUUGGAGGACCUGUCAGAGGAGUCAGCUGAUGAGUCUGCUGGUGCCUAUGCCUAUAAGCCCAUUGGUGCCAGCUCAGUGGAUGUGCGCAUGAUCGACUUUGCUCAUACCACUUGCAGGCUGUAUGGCGAGGACAGUGUGGUGCAUGAGGGCCAGGAUGCUGGCUAUAUCUUUGGGCUCCAGAGCCUGAUAGACAUUGUUACAGAGAUAAGUGAGGAGAGUGGAGAGUGAACUUGCUGGUUGCUCCAGUACUUGAGAGAGACUCUGUGUCCCAGACACAGCUGUGCUGCGUCAGGGAGGAGGCCAGUAUGGCCAGGUAGGGGUCCCUGCAGCCUGGAGCUGAUGUGCAGUGGCCUCUGUGAGCCCCAACCCGAGCCAGCUCCAGCUGCACUCGGAAGUCUUUAUUUAUUUUAACUAUUUCUUCAACAUUCCACAUUUGAUGAUGCAGAUACCUCUUUGUUCCCUGAGUGUAAAUGUUCUAAUACAGAUCUUUUUGUUUAUUGUA